CCUGUUCGACAGCUUGAUAUUACUAAUUGCUAUGUAACCUGAACAACUCAAUAGGUCGAUAAUGGGGCCGCGAAAUAACCUUGGAACAUUGAGCUCCGAACCACGAAAAAUAGAAAAUCGGUAAUAAGAAGCCCGAACCAGGUUGUUAACUCCUGAAACUUGCGCUUGCCGCUUUUCCAGGUGGAAGGUUCCCCAAACCUCCUACUCCAUGGUAGGCUAAUUAGGUCCGGUCUAGGGUACCAGAGCUGCGGAGAGCUUGGGGUGAACGUUUGGGGGAUUGGAGCAUUGGAACAUUCUCAUGACUCGCGAAUACGCUAAUCCUCUUUUGGAUAGCUGUAAGCUACCCUUAAGCUACCCCGCUUUACAGCCUUAUUAGAAUCUCCACUCUAUAUGCAACGCCGAUCGGUCGUUCUUGGCCGGUCAUCCGUCACAGCCCGUCAUUCGCGUCGCAAACCUUGGAACUCCAACUCUCCAACUAUCGCCAACCUCAACACUUUCCACCUAUCCACGCACCUACGCACCUACAUUUCGGCGUUUUCCUCGUCCCGCGCCUCUGUACGCGCUACCAGGGUGAUCGCGAAGAUGAUACGCGACAUCUUUUGCACUAGCAAAGACCGGUAGCCGAUUAGUCAGCCUACCAGCUCCAGAGUCCAGACCCUUUCAGUCCUAUUCUACCCCCAGUCCGCCCAGAUGAGUUCCACACCGCCCUCGUCGUCGACCAUCCCGCAGACCCUCUGGGACCUGCAGGUGCCCGUGCUGGUGACCCACGCCGGAGCGCCCAACACACCGUUCGUAGCCUCCGUCCCGCGGCUGAGCUACCUAGCCCUGCUUCUGCCGCGCCUGACCUCGUACUUCGGCCUGCCGUGCUCCAGCUUCCACCAUGAAGACGUAUUGCUACGCAACCUCGCCGUCGGCCUUCUCGUCGACCUGUAUCAGCCCACCCUGCCUUGGCGCUUAACCGUCAGCGACGGCUUGGGCUGGGAUAUCGGUGAUACAUUCCUCAAUAGCGCUAAAGAGGCCGACUUUGUGCGAAAUGGCAACGCGCACCAGAUCAUGUCACUAUCGAAAGAUCAUACGACCGCGCUAUGGAACGCGGUUCAAGAUAACGAUUACGCCUCCUUUGCGAAAGUCAAUUCCCGGCUUCUUAACGCGUCGCGCGAUCUGCGGAAUGUGCCUAUACGGGUGUAUAUCCCACAGUCGUCGGACGACCCCGCUGGCGGCGAGCAGGCAGGCUCGUUCAAGGUGGUUCAGUCUCUAGUGAAGCCGCGCGUUAGCGAGCGAACCCCCCAAACUCUCGGCGCCGCCCUGCGCACACUCUUACCGCGGCUAUUCCCCAGUAGCCGGGACCCCGUGCUCGCGGAUGUGGUCCUGCACGGCGCCAGCGUGCCAUUCCGCGCCCCGCUCGAAGACCUCAUGCGCGAGGCCGCUUAUCCCGACGGUUGGCUGUGUCUCGUUGUGAAGCCUCUAGAUGUGUAGUGUAGCUACUUGCCCGUGGCUUUCUUGAAUUUUCGCUAUCUAGGCAACUACGGCCCGGAGGCCGGAAACGGUUUAGGUGUUUGGAUGAAGCAGGCACGAUGGAUCCGGGCGGGUGGGCCGCGACCCGUCCGUCGGUAUCACAUUGCGGCAGGAAGUAGCGAAGUGUAGCAUAGCAUGCGGCGUAUCGAUUUUUUCCUUUUUUUAUUAUUGAGGAGAGAACCCACAAUAGAUAGAGUAACGACUUACAAGAAAUUUCUUGGUGUAAAACACUUCUGGCUUACUACGCCCGCCCACCGGCGCGGAUAUGUAGCCUUGGAAAUUCCACGCCGGUGGCGUUAAGUCGAAUGACAAACCGUCCCAUAUCCGCGCUGUACGUACCAUUCGCUAAGACCAGCCGGCCGGUCAGAAAACGUCAAUUACUACUCCUCCUUCUCCAUGCGCACCGGCACCGGAGAUGCACGUGCAAGAGAAAUUGGAAUAAACACCCAUCCAUUCAUUGAUUCAUUCAAUCAAUCAUUCAUUUACUCAUACAGUGUGUGGGUACGCG